AUGCUAGUUCCAUGUGCGCCUUAAGGCUCAUAGCAUGCCUGUAGAUAUUGCAUUGUACUGGUCUACAUACACUUUUUGUGGCUAACGGACGAAAAUGCCUUUCUUCGCCGUCCCCUGCUCUGCCCUUCCCUUGCUCUGCCCUGCAUCGAUGAAGCUCGUAUCAAAUGACUUUGACACCGCAUACAUUUGCAUCUGGAUGCCAGGCAACCGCCCUUCCUACGCCCGCGGGAUCCGUCUUCCAUCGUUCUCACAUCCCAUCGUUGUCCAAAGCUGCCAUCUUAUAUUCGUACAUCGUCACAUGGCAUCAACUAUCACAAGCCUCCAGUCCAAAGCGAGCCUCAAAUUCCAGAACCCCAUCCUGACAAAAAAAAAGCGAGAAGAAGAAGCUUCCACCAACCUUUCUUAGGUCGCCGGAGACAUUUAACUGUGCGUGUGAGUUUGCGAACGGG